AUGGCCGCCUCCACCACCUCACGGCCUCCGCCGCCCCACGGCCUCCUCCGGCGCCGCCCAACGGCCGCCUUUGUCGCCGCCCACGGCCUCCCUCGCCGACGCCCCCAUGGCCUCCUCCGCCGCCGCCCAACGGCCGCCUGCGUCGCCGCACACGGCCUCCUCUGCCCCGACCUGCGGCCUCCUCUCGCCGCCGCCCCACGGCCUCCUCCUCCGCCGCCCAACGGCCGCCUUUGCCGCCGCCCACGGCCUCCUCUGCCGACGCCCCAUGGCCUCCUCCGCCGCCGCCCAACGGCCGCUGCGUCGCCGCACACGGCCUCCUCUGCCCCGACCUGCGUCCUCCUCUGCCGCCGCCCCACGGCCUCCUCCUCCGCCGCCCAACGGCCGCCUUUGCCGCCGCCCACGGCCUCCUCUGCCGACGCCCCAUGGCCUCCUCCGCCGCCGCCCAACGGCCGCUGCGUCGCCGCACACGGCCUCCUCUGCCCCGACCUGCGUCCUCCUCUGCCGCCGCCCCACGGCCUCCUCCUCCGCCGCCCAACGGCCGCUGCGCCCGCCGCCCACGGCCUCCUCGGCCGCCGCCCACGGCCUCCUCCGCCGCCGCCCACGGCCGCCUCCGCCCUCGUCGUCUGUUCACCCCCAACGGACAAGCUCGGGCGCCACCUCCCCAACCAGCGCCGUGAAGGAGAUAUGCCCUAG